AAAAAUUUAAAAAGGUAGGUCAAGUUUUUCAUGGAGCUUUAUGUAAUGGGUCAUGGUGCAGUCCAGUCUUCUCCCGGCAAAAUUUCCAGUUGAACUGGAAUUGCUUGCCGCUAACGAGAAACGACGAACAAUAUGAAAAGGGAAGCCGAGGAGAAACAAUAAAGCUUCGAGAAAUGAUGAAAUUAUUAAGAAUGGGAAUUUCGAAUCAGCGUUCAAUGAAAUUGUUGCUCCAUUUGAAACUUUGUUGGCGCCGAUACUCAACCAAUUCCAAUCUCGCCACUUGGUUCCACAAAUACGUUGAUAAAUCCAAUGUCCAUUCAUGGAACUCUGUCAUCGCCGAUUUGGCUCGCAGUGGCGAUUCGGUUGAAGCCCUUCGAGCCUUUUCCUCUAUGCGGAAGCUGGGCCUCACCCCCACUCGCUCCACUUUUCCCUGCGCCAUCAAAUCCUGUUCUGCUCUCUCCGAUCUUCUUUCCGGCAGGAUGUCUCACCAGCAAGCCCUUGUCUUCGGCUUCGAGACUGAUCUCUUUGUCUCCUCCGCUCUUAUCGACAUGUACUCCAAAUGUGGCCAGUUGAAGGAUGCACGAGCACUGUUCGACGAAAUUCCCCUUCGAAAUGUGGUCUCUUGGACGUCAAUGAUUACUGGGUAUGUCCAAAAUGAGCAAGCAGAUAACGCAUUGCUGCUUUUCAAGGACUUCCUGGAGGAGGAAACAGUGGUUGAAGAUGGCAAUGACGUGUCUCUUGAUUCAGUUGUCAUGGUUUCGGUUUUAUCCGCCUGUUCUCAAGUAUCAAGGAAGGGGAUCACCGAAGGAAUUCAUGGCUUCGUGGUAAAGAAAGGCUUUGAUGGGAGCGUUGGAGUUGGAAACACAUUGAUGGAUGCGUAUGCAAAAUGUGGGCAGCCUUUGGUUUCUAGAAAGGUGUUUGAUUGGAUGGAAGAGAAAGAUGAAAUUUCUUGGAACUCAAUGAUUGCAGUGUAUGCUCAAAGUGGGUUGUCUGGGGAGGCUUUGGAGGUUUUCCAUGGAAUGGUGAGGCAUGUAGGUGUUCGUUACAAUGCAGUUACACUAUCGGCUGUUUUGUUGGCUUGCGCUCAUGCUGGGGCAUUGAGGGCUGGCAAGUGUAUUCAUGAUCAGGUAAUAAAGAUGAAUUUGGAGGAAAACGUGUGUGUUGGUACAUCCAUAAUUGACAUGUAUUGCAAAUGUGGUAGAGUUGAAAUGGCAAAGAAAACUUUUGAUCGUAUGAAGGAAAAGAAUGUUAAGUCAUGGACGGCCAUGGUUGCUGGUUAUGGCAUGCAUGGCUGUGCCAAAGAAGCUCUCGACAUCUUCUACAAGAUGGUUCGGGCUGGAGUGAAGCCAAAUUACAUCACUUUCGUAUCCGUUCUUGCUGCAUGCAGCCAUGCUGGUUUGGUAGAAGAAGGCUGGCACUGGUUUAAUGCCAUGAGGCAUAAAUAUGAUAUUGAGCCGGGUAUAGAGCAUUACGGUUGCAUGGUUGAUCUUUUUGGACGAGCAGGAUGCCUCAAUGAGGCUUACAAUUUAAUCAAGGGAAUGAAGAUGAGGCCGGAUUUUGUAGUCUGGGGCUCUCUUCUUGGGGCUUGUAGAAUCCACAAGAACGUGGACCUCGGCGAGAUUGCCGCUCGAAAAUUGUUUGAACUUGAUCCAGAUAAUUGUGGGUACUAUGUUUUACUUUCUAACCUCUAUGCAGAUGCUGGAAGAUGGGCUGAUGCCGAAAGAAUGAGGAUGCUAAUGAAGAACCGUCAAUUGGUUAAACCACCUGGCUUCAGUCUGGUUGAACUGAAAGGCAGAGUUCAUGUUUUUCUGGUUGGAGAUAACGAGCAUCCUCAGCAUGAGAUGAUAUACAAGUAUUUGGAGAAACUAACCUUGGAGAUUCAAAAGAUAGGCUAUGUGCCAAACAUGACCUCAGUUCUUCAUGAUGUUGAUGAAGAGGAGAAAGAAAUCAUUUUAAGAGUUCACAGUGAGAAACUUGCUGUUGCCUUUGGAGUGAUGAACUCUGCUCCUGGAACAACCAUAAACAUCAUUAAAAAUCUUAGGGUCUGCGGAGACUGCCAUACCGUCAUUAAGUUAAUUUCUAAACUUGUUCAUCGAGACUUUGUGGUCCGAGAUUCAAAGAGAUUUCAUCAUUUUAAGGAUGGGGUAUGUUCUUGCGGGGAUUAUUGGUGACACUUAUUAAGGACUUGAUUAAGU